UUAUUCAGCUCUGGAAAACAUUACUGGAGGACGAGAGCAACCAUGUGGAUUCUCCAGAUUACAGCUCUUACGAUAUCUAUUGCUUUGCACACCCUGGCACAAGUACCCGAUCACAAUGACAAGUGUGCAGAGGGGAGCUGUUACCCUGCUACAGGUGAUUUGCUGAUAGGAAGAGCACAUCGGCUUGCAGUCUCCUCCACCUGUGGACUGGAUGGACCAGAUAGAUUCUGCAUUGUCAGCCAUUUGCAGGAUGAAACAGACUGUUUUGAAUGCGAUUCUCGGCGCAUGUACAAUGAGUUCACCAACCCCAACAGCCACACCAUUGAGAAUGUGGUGACAACUUUCGCUCCCAACCGCCUCAAAACCUGGUGGCAGUCCGAGAACGGAGUUGAAAAUGUGACCAUUCAGCUGGAUUUGGAAGCCGAAUUCCACUUCACACACCUCAUCAUGACCUUUAAGACCUUUCGGCCGGCAGCCAUGCUGAUUGAGCGUUCCGCAGAUUAUGGGCGAAGCUGGCAGGUGUACCGUUACUACGCUUUCCACUGUACUGAAUCCUAUCCGCACGUCCCUCAGGGGCCAAUCAGAAAAGUGGAUGAUGUCAUUUGUGACAGCCGCUAUUCAGGCAUUGAGCCAUCAACAGAAGGAGAGGUCAUUUUUAGGGCACUUGAUCCUGCAUUUAAGAUUCCUGACCCUUACAGCCCACGCAUUCAGAACUUACUGAAGAUUACAAACUUGCGCAUACGGAUGGAAAAGUUGCACACUCUAGGUGAUGAUCUGUUUGAUGACCGAGAGGGGGUGAAAAAGAAAUACUAUUACACUCUCUACGAUAUGGUCGUCCGUGGCAACUGUUUCUGCUAUGGCCACGCCUCCAAGUGUGCACCGGUCGGCAAUGAGGCAGGGGUCGAGGGCAUGGUUCAUGGUCAUUGCAUGUGCAAUCACCACACUACUGGACUGAACUGUGAAGAGUGUGAGGACUUUUACCAAGAUCUGCCCUGGAGACCAGCAGUGGGUCGAGAGACAAAUGCAUGCAAGAGAUGUGAGUGUAACCAUCACUCGUAUUCCUGUCAUUUUGACAUGGCGGUGUAUCUGUCAUCGGGAAAUAGGAGUGGAGGAGUGUGUGAUGACUGUCAGCACAACACAGAGGGCCAAUGGUGUGAGAACUGCAAACCCUUUUACUACAGGCACCCUGGCAGAAACAUCAGAGACCCCAGGAUCUGCGAGCCCUGUGAUUGUGACCCACGUGGUUCUCUGAACGGAGGCUUAUGUGACAGCGCUACGGAUGUUUUAAGAGAUAUGAUUGCCGGACAGUGUCGUUGCAAAGCUAAUGUGGAGGGACAACGUUGUGACCACUGUAAAAAGAGACAUUAUGGCCUCAGUGACGACCCAUUAGGCUGUCGGUCAUGCAGCUGUAAUCCUCUAGGCACACUCCCAGCAGGAAGUCCCUGUGAUAUACAGACAGGAAGCUGUUACUGCAAACGUCUUGUGACUGGACGAAAUUGUGACCAGUGUCUGCCGCAGCACUGGGGUCUCAGUAAUGAUAUGGAUGGCUGCAGACCAUGUGACUGUGACGUAGGUGGGGCUUUGAAUAAUAAUUGUUCUCGGGAGACAGGACAGUGUGCUUGUAAGAAGCAUAUGUUUGGUAGGCGAUGUGACCAAGUGCAUUCUGGGUACUACUUUGCGGCACUGGACCACUAUAUUUACGAAGCUGAGGAUGCUUCCUUUGGAGCGGAAGUAAAAGUGCUUCAGAGACCGUCAUCCUUGGAUCGUAAACCAACCUGGACGGGUAAAGGAUUUGCAAAUGUACCAGAGGGUGAAACACUGAGGUUCAACAUUUACAAUUUACCACGAUCUAUGGAGUACAACUUAAUGAUCCGCUAUGAACCACUGUUGCCAGAUGAAUGGGAGCAGGUUGUAGUACAGAUAGAGCGGCCCAGAGGCACUUACCCAGCAGCACACUGCACUUCUACAUACAACGAUGAGCAGACCGUCUCACUGCACCCUGGAUCCAGAUAUGCAGUUCUGCCUGGCCCAGUGUGUUUGGAGAAGGGUCAGAAUUACACAGCGAAAAUUAGCUUCCCACAGUACUCAUCAUACAGCUAUCACUCUUCUCCUCACACACUUGUUGAUUCAAUAGUGCUUUUGCCAGAGGUACAAGACCUGGAUCUAUUUUCUGGCGGACCCCAGCAGCGGGAGGACUGGGAGAUGUUCCAGAAAUACAGAUGUAUGGAACGCAGCCAGAGUGUUAUUAAAAUCCCCCUAAUGGAUAUUUGCAGAGAUUACAUCUUCAGUGUGUCAGCACUACUACACAAUGGAGCUCUUGAGUGUAAGUGUGACCCCCAAGGUUCUCUGAGCACAGUGUGUGACAAUAUCGGUGGGCAGUGUCAGUGUCGACCCAACGUUUUAGGAAGGAACUGCAACACCUGUGCCCCGGCCACCUACCUGUUUGGACCCUCAGGAUGUAGACCAUGUGACUGUAACCCACUGGGCUCUCAGAACCUAUUCUGCCACCCCACCACGGGCCAGUGUUUAUGCGUGUCAGGGGCAUAUGGGCAGCAAUGUGGCAACUGUAAGCCCAACCAUUGGGGCUUCCCUCAAUGCCAGCCCUGCUUCUGUAAUGGGAACAGUGAACAGUGCCACCCAGUUACGGGCGAGUGUCUGAACUGCAGGGGUCACACCACUGGCCACAACUGUGAGAGGUGUGAAAGUGGUUAUCACCGUAACACGCUGCUGGGCUCCAGUGAGCCGUGUCGCCCUUGUAUGUGUCCUAACGGACCUGGAAGUGGAAUGCAGUUCGCUGAAAGCUGUUACCAAAAUUUCAACUCUCUCCAAAUGGUGUGUGUCUGCAGCUCAGGCUACAAAGGACCAAAGUGUGAGGAAUGUGCCUCUGGUUACUAUGGUAACCCUCAGGUCCCAGGAGGGCGGUGCCAUCCGUGUCAGUGUAACAGAAAUAUUAACAUGCAGGACCCUGAAUCAUGUGACGCCCGCACUGGUGCCUGUCUCAAAUGCCUGUUUCACUCCGAUGGCAAUGCGUGCCAGUACUGCAGUCGUGGUUAUUAUGGAGAUGCCCGUACUCAGAACUGCAGGAGAUGCAUGUGCCAUCUCGUGGGAAGUUCCAGGCAAAGAUGUGUUGACGGCUUGUGUGAGUGUGACAGGGUUAGUGGCCAGUGCCCAUGUCUGCCCGGUGUGGUGGGUCAGCACUGUGACCGCUGUGCCCCCAACACAUGGAACAUAAACAGUGGCAAAGGAUGCCAACCUUGCCAGUGCCACCCUGAACAUUCUUACACGUCCUCCUGUGAUCUGCUGACCGGUCAGUGUUCCUGUAAACCUGGUUUUGGAGGCAGGACGUGUGAGGAGUGCAGGGAACUGUUCUGGGGGAAUCCUGAGGUCCAGUGCCAUGCAUGCAACUGUGAUCCUCGAGGCAUUGCUACUCAGCAGUGUAAUAUGAUGACCGGCGAGUGUGUGUGUGUAGAGGGUGUAGCCGGGCGGAGGUGUGACUCAUGUGGACGUGGCUACGUUGGGACCUUUCCUGACUGCGAGGCCUGUCAUCUGUGUUUCCGUGAAUGGGAUGUUAAUGUGGGAGAGCUGACCAAUCACACGCAGAGACUGGUGGAUACAGUGGAGGAAAUUAAAGAGACUGGCGUGGCUACGCCCUAUAAAGACAUCAUAUCGAGUCUGGAUGAUGAAACCAAACAGCUCAGACAGAUUCUGGAAGAUGACAAGGUUCAGCAAACGCUCACACACAUGCAGAGGAUGCUGCAGCAAGCCAAUGAGACAGCAUCACUCCUGAGAAAGUCUAUGGACCGAUCUGUAACAGAUCUGGAGAAGGUAUCUGCUGACCAUCAGCAGGCCGUGGAGAACCUAAAAAGCCUGACUGAGGAGGCCCAAAACCUACAAGAGAUCUCCUCUGACAAACAGCAACAGGUUCUGAAUAUUAAACAUUCAGACCCCAGAGGUGCGGCGGACAGCAUCAGAGAGUAUUACAGGGAAUCUGGCGAGGCCGAGUUUCGUGUCAAUCAAGCUGUCUCUGACCCAGAAAGUACAGUUAAAGAGUCUGCCCAGAUACGGAAAGCUGCAGAGGCCAAAUUAGACAGCACAGAGAAAGAAUUUAACCUGAAACAUCAGCUGCAUUUACAGAGGCUGGACAAAAUUGGAUCUGAACUGGACUCCGCAGACCUUUCACGACUAAGCCAUCAGGUGUGCGGAGGGGCGUCAGGUCUAGAUGGUUGCGGUAACUGUGGUGGUCUGGGAUGUGUGAGCGAGGAUGGCACAUCCCAGUGUGGUGGGGAAGGAUGUGAGACCAUUGUGACACGAUACCAAAAGGUCUUGAACGAAGCCAAAAACUCAGACCAAGAGGUCCUGCAUGCUUUAAGAGAAGUAGACGAGCUAAACAAGAUGGUGUCAGAUGCUCGAGGACGUGCGGAUGAGGCCAAGCUCAAUGCUCAGGAUGUGUUACUGAGAGCCAAUCAGAGCAAAGCACGAGUGGAGCAGACCAAUGAGGAGCUCAGAGACCUCAUUCAUCAAAUACGAGACUUCCUCACAAACGAAACUGAUCCGAAGCGUAUAGAGGAAGUAGCUGAUGAGGUGAUGAAACUGAGUUUGCCAGUGUCGCCCGGUGCACUAAAGAACGUGACCACAGAGAUCCGCCAACAUGUGGCCAGACUGACCCAGGUGGAGGAUAUUCUGACCCAGACGGCAGAGAAUGCGCAUACUGCAGAGAGACUCCUGCAAGAAGCACAGGCUGCCAAUGAGACAGCUACAGCACUGAAACAGGCCACUGAUGAGGCGAAGGAAACUCUAGAGGACACUGAGCGCGCUCAGACUGCUGCCGGCGAAAAACUGAAAGAGGUUGAGAGAGACGUGAACCAAACAAAACAACAAAUCACUGAUGUACAAUCAAAAACCGAAGCGACUGAGUUCAAACUAAGUAGCAGCACAGGAAGGUUUCUGGAUCUUGAGAGAGAGGUUGACGAACUCCAACAGAAAACUCUAGAAACAUCCAGCAGUGCAGAUGAAACUCAGAGACAAACUGAGUACAUCACAGCAGAAAUUGACCACACAGAACGGGAGAUUGACUCACUCGUGCAACCUAAGUACCAACUGGCCAAUGGUCUGAUAGAUCAAAAGGCAGCAGGUGUGGUUGAUGCACGUCAGAAGGCCGAGAAACUACGCCAGGAGGCAAAAGAUCUAUUAAUAGAUGCCACAAGCAAACUGCAGAGACUGAGAGAGCUGGAGAGAUCAUUUGUGCUAAAUCAGCACAUUCUGGUGGAGAAAGCUCAGGAGCUGGAUGGACUGGAGAAUGAGGCCAGAGAUGUACUGCAAGAACUCAGUCAGAAAAUCACCAUCUACAGCACCUGCGCUUAACUACCAAGAACUAAUAAAUAAUAUAAUAAACUCAGAUUAUAAUCAGUUGUAUAUUAUCAAAAAUAUGUUGCCUGAAUCCAAUUCAAGGUAUCACAUUGAAAAAGCAAUGUAAGAUUUUACUAUGACCCUUUAAUGUAUAGCUAUAUAUUUUUGUCUUUUCUAUGAAACUAUGAAAAAACUCAUCCAGUGUAUUGUGUCUGAUAUGAAGAAUAUUGCAGUGUGUAAUAAUACUCGACAAACAUUCCUCUGGGCGGAAUAAGAGGAAGCACCAUCCAUUGUGAACAGCAAAUCAGUUUAGAUUUGCUUGAUAAAACUAAUGGUGACAAAUGAAAUGCCAAAAUAAAAAUUCCAUCAGUUUGUGAUAAUGAAGCUAUAAACCACUGUGGCUUAUUGUUUUUAUUACUUUCAUAAAACUGUGGAAACAGCAAAAUGAUGAAAACAACUAUUGUACGAUGUUUAUUAAACAUUUAAACGCAUUAACUGAUAAUACAAUAAUCAUUUAAUAAUAAUAAAG